AUGCCAUUUGGCCUCAAGGCAAAGGUAGAAUGGGCUGUGAAGAACCUAAAGAUUAUACCUUACGUACAGUAUGUGCAGAUGUUGUGCAGAAGAUUUCGUACGAUCAAGUUAAGACAUACUCCCAGAAUACAGAAUGAAUUGGCCGAUGCUCUCGCUACCAUCGCUUCGAUGAUUAAACAUCCGGAUACAGAUUAUAUUGAUUAUCUGGAUAUAGAGUUGAAAGAACACCCAGUCCAUUUUUCCCAUGUUGAAGCAGAACCAGACGGUUUGCCUUGGUAUUUUGAUAUAAAGAAGUAUUUGGAGUCUGGAACUUAUCCCGAAGAUGCUACGUCCAAUCAGAAGAAUUCGAUACGUCGUAUGGGUUUCAAUUUCUUUUUAAGUGGAGAAAUCCUUUAUAGGAGGACUCCAGAUUUGGGUCUUCUCAGAUGUGUCGAUGCUGUUGAAGCUGCCAAACUUAUUGAACAGAUACACAUAUGA